ACUACCGCUCGCAUCAACGCGUCACAAUUCGUUAAAAAGCCCAUUCAUGCACAACAAUCAUUUUUAUACACUGUGCACGCGCAAAACCCAUCAUGAUUUAUGCAUUCCUGCACAUUUUAUUUCAUCCUAAAACCAAUCAGAAAUGAUAUUUUCUAGACUUGUGUGGAAGAGUGUACAAAAUAAAAAAUUGGUAUUUAAGAAAAAAAAAGAGGAGGCCUUAAAAAUAUGAGUGCACAGAAAAACGACCGACGAAAGGUUUUGGACCGAAUCAAUUUGCGUAGGAGAAGGACUAAUGCAGCUCCGCCUGUCAAUACUGUCGAGACAUUUUAUGUAACACUUGAUAAUAUAUCAGCAGACUUGGAUGUAUCAAGCAUUCUGUUCAACCUGUUUCCGUUGAUUGAGCGUUUUCGUGAUACCAGCACGCUUACUAACAUCAUUCUUUAUUUCUAUCCGGUUAAGAAGAGGAACGUGCUCAGCAGAAAAAGCCUGAACAGGCUGAAAAGACGCGUGUACACGGAUAGUGGUGAGCAGUGCACGAUCUGUUUGCAGGGCUAUGCGAAGAAUGAUGUGCUUAGGGUGCUUACGUGCAGACACGAGUUUCACUGCAAGUGUGUUGAUAGAUGGUUACUGAGGAGCAGUGAUUGCUGCCCUGUGUGUAGAAAGAAGGUGGGAGAGGGUGUUUAAUUUAAUUCCUGUGUUUUUUAUAGACCAGUACUAAAUAAAGAUGGA